GACUUAUCUGCAUAUGCGCAGAACGUAACAUUAUAGAGGGAAAAUUCUACUCAACACUUUUUCUACAUACAAACGAAACAGUUUUCUAGCAGAAUGGAUAGGCGGUUGAUUUGUAACCAAAAGUUCGAGUCAUUUAUUAAAUUUGAAGUUACUUUAAUACAAUACUCAAAGGAUAAUUCAGUGAAUUUCAAGAAAACUAAAUGUCGACGAAUCUGUGAUGAUCGCAAAGCACAACGCGAAUUCCGCCCGAAGUUGAUGUACAUCAGUAGUGAAUAUGAGUGCGAAUAUAAACACAGUGGGUGUAAAGCGUACAUCAAGCUAGAGGCAACAGAUUAUGAUCGUCUCACCAUCACAACGUCAGAACUGAAGCAUAAUCAUCCUUAUGGUCCAAAUGCUGCGAUUAUUCAUCAAACAUGUGUGGACCUCGAAUUAUUUUUAAUAAAUUUACCUGAAAGCAAACGAAUAAAAACCAUUUAUCUACUAAGCGAAGUCUUAAAUGAGUGGAGGCGUAGAGACCACCGAAAAAUGAUUGUAACUGACGCCUUUUCCUUUACUUAUCGAGAUUCUUGCAUGAUAAGUGGAGUAGUUUUGAAUUUUGGAUCAUAUAUAACUAAUUUGCGUGCAGAUCGUCAGCUUCAAAGGAUUAGUGAUUUUAAAAAAUUUCUCGAAAGAUUUUCCAUUGGAGACAAGAGUAGUCUUACUGAGAAUCAACAACAUACCAGGAACGAUGUUAUUUUAGGCUAAGAAAGAGAGAGAGAGAGAUACUUUUUGUACAGGAGUAAUUACCGACUUUAAUUUAUUGCUGUUCAUCUUGAAGCCUGAAACCAAAAUGCACUCUAGAAAACAGUAGUAACUAUAUUAGACCUUAAAGACUAAUAGACAGUUUAUUGGAGCUAUUACAGUGAUGUUAUAUGCCUUUUUAUGUUAUUGAAGAAAAUACAACAGAUCUUUUUUACUGAUCACCAAUAA